GAAUGGAGCCUUUGUCCAGGGCGAUGAGGAGGGAGGCUCGGUGGAAACACCUGAGCCUGUCACCAGCUUCUCCCUCUUGGAGCAAGGUCAUGGCUCUGGACGCUGGCUGAGCGCCCGAGCCAGAGGAGCUCUGGUCUAGACUCAGACACGCGUGGAGAGACGGUGAGGUUGUGGGGGCAACCGCUGACACCCUUGUUUUGUCUGGAAGGGCCAUGGUGAGCACGGCGGGUUUCGCGGCCGUCUUCUACAGCGAGCCGGCCGUGCUGGGCCUCCUCGCGAAUGUUGUCAGCGCCUUCCUCCUCUGUCUGCAGAAUUUCACCACGGCGCAUACGGGCCUCGGGCCGCAGGGAGUGCAGGAUGUCCUUGCAGGUGUCCACCUCAUCCUGAUCGGAGGUUUUGUCCAGCUCCUGGCAGGAUUUCUUGCCUUCAGGAAGUACGACCACCUUGGAGGCGCAGCCUUUCUCACCUUCUCUGCUCUGUGGAGCAGCUAUGGGGCCACACGCAUCAUCUCAGCCGCAUACCCCCCCUUGCAGAACACAACACUGCCCUCGGGGAAUGCCAGCCACCUCCUGCCUGCCGGCACGGCCCUCACCUCCACCAGCCAAAGUGCCGUGGCAGGGCUGGUGGCCUACAUUUCCAUUUCCUUUAUCCUCUCCUUCUGCUCAGCCACAGUCAACUACAUCAUGCCCUUCAUAUUUGGGGCCAUCGCACUUGCCCUGGUGUUUGAAGCCGUUGCACUGUUUGGCCAGUGGGCCCUGGUAGUGUCAGGGGUCAUUGAGCUUGUCAUUGUCCUCUGCGGGCUUUAUGGUGCAGUGGCCCUCCUGCUGAAGGGCAUCACACAACGGUACAUCCUUCCAGGCUUUGGGCAUCCCCUCUUCAAUGUCUUGCUACUGGGGUCAGCACAGAAGAGCUCUUCCAAGGCCAUUGGGGAAGAGAAGAAAAAGAACACAAAGUAUGCCGAGCCAAUGGCCCUAGGCAACAUCUGUGAUACUGUCUCUCCUUUUAUAUUUGCUUUUUACUCCUUCGGGUACAUGAAGACCUUCUGUGUUGGAGCAGCAUGGAUUUCCAUCAUCUCCAGCUGCCAACUGCUGUCCAGCUUCUACAGCUACCUGAGAGGUGAUGUCUACUACACCACCAAGUUUGGUGUCCACAGCCUGUACUGGCUGGUGAUGUCUUGGGAAGAGUUCAUACUCACUGUCCUCCUUGGGCCAGGCAAGGCUCAGGAGAGCAGGCUGGGAAUGUUUGGAGGGUGGUUCUUCUUGGCUGUUGCCUGCAUGCUGUUUCUGAUGUCAACCCACAAAGAUACCCUGGAGAUGUUGCAAAAUGCCUCUUUCAUCAUCCUCAUGUGCGCCUCCAUCCAUCAGAUCCCAGUGCCAGGUGCUUACCUGUUCCUCGGGGCUGCCUGCAGCCUCUGCACUGCUCUCUCGUUGUACGCCACUUUUGCCAGCCUUAUCAACUCCAUCGGGGAGAAGGCUCUGAUUCCAAUUGGCUCCCAAGCUAUGUCCAGCUCAGCUCUUCAAACCACACUGAUGGCUGCCAAAAGCUUCUUCACAAGGUCCAAGAACUUGCCAAGCAGCACCAGAGCCGAAGUGCCAGAUGCCUUGUUCUACAUCUGCAAUGGCCUGGCAGCAGUCUCUGCCAUCCAGGCUACUUUCAGUGACUCCAGCAGACAGCAACUCUCCAUACCUUCCGUGCUCAUCCCAGGAGCCAUAAUGCAGCUGUAUGUCUGCAGGAUCCAGGUGCAAGGAGGCAGAAGGUUUGGUUGCAUUCUCCCGUUCUGCUAUGCUGCCUUUUGGGGAGCAUGGACCUGGCUUCGGUUUGCAGGCCACUUGAUGAACAUUGGUGCGGGGAACAGUGAAGGAUUCACUGCUGGUGCGAUUGCCUUUUUGGUGCUCAAUGCUUUUUUAAUGAUUUUAGCUUCCUCUUUAAACGUUGUGCUUCUCUGCAUGACUGCUGCAAUGGAGCUCUUGGCCAUUUGUUUUCUGCUCUUUACAUUGGAGAACCUCCCUCUGCCAUUUGAAAUUGUGAUGUUAAGCAUCUUCAGCAUCAUCUGCUUCUAUGGAGCAACAGCAUCACUGGCAAAUAGCAUGUUUGGGAAGGAUCUCAUGAUGAUGGGGCCCCCUCUGUUCACAGCUGAGAGCUCUAAGAAGGACACUGAAGGUCCUCCACCCUGCAUCUGCCCCAAGUCUCACUGUACAAGUGGCCUGAGGGCCAUUGCUGACUUGCUGAACACAGGGGCGGUGUGUGGGGUCCCGACAGACACCGUGUAUGCUUUGGCAGCCUCCUGCAGACACCCUCAAGCCAUUGAGAAGGUCUACAGAAUCAAGGACAGGCCUCAAGAGAAGCCCAUCUGCAUCUUUAUCUCAAACCUGGACCAGUUGCGAGCAGCUGCUCCUCCCAUCAGCCCGCUGCUUUGGGAAUUCAUGGAAAAUGUUUACCCUGGUGGCAUUGGCUGCAUUAUCAAGAAAGGAGAGUGGCUAAAGAAGUUAGGUGAGGAGAACAGGACAUCCCUCCUCUCCCUCUUUCAUGUUUUCAGCACAGCAGGCAUGAAAUCCUUUGGGAUGUCAAGGGGGAGAGCUUCUGUUCAUUUUAUUCUGAGAAAGCAUCUUUGGAGCUCUUACAUGUCUUAG